AUGCUCGAAAAAUUAACUGAAGAAAUGAGAAAGGAGCCUUUAUUGGAAUCUACAGCUGUACUUGAUGAGGGUAAUGACGGACAAAGUGUAAAAGACUAUUAUGAACCAUCAGGUUCUGCUAACGAAAGGAAGAUAACCAAUCCCUUUUUUUCGGACGAUGAGGGACAGGUGACCGUUGUUAUAAAGAAACGAAGAAAAAGAAAUUACCAUUCUGGAAUAAGGUUAGGAUAUAAUUUAAUUUUUAUCUCUAACUUUUUACAAGAGAAGAAUCGUUUACCUCAACCACUGCCUCCGACAGCUCAAGAAUUUGGAUCUUGCCUUCGGGUCAGAACGUUGAAGAAAUUAACAGCCACUGAAAAAGCCAUAUUGCGCUAUGGUGCAUCGAAUAUAAUUGAUUUAUCUGCUCACAUGAGUUGGUUUUGUGUCGAUGAUAAGAAGUUCAUCGUGAAAAAUUACAAAUCUAUGUUACGAAUUCCUGAACUGGCAGUCGAAGAGAAAUCAUUUGUUUUGAAAAUCGAGAAUAUGGUACAUGAAGGGAAAGUGAAUCAGGCGUAUAAAUACUGUAUGGAAAUUCAUAUUAAGUCAGAAGAAAACAGUUAUUUAUAUAAGAUCAGUAAAAUAACGGGGAGAAUCCUUUUGCCGUUAAGUAGGAGUGUGGACCAUAAGAAUGGACGUAAAUGUGAUGUUCAAUUUUUAUCAAUUUCAGGAGUGGAUCUUGGAGAGUGGGAGUAUUCUGUAAAGGCUGUUGCAACCAAGACCAUUGGUGAUAGAUGCCGUUCCGCUCGAAUCAAUCAAUCAAUUUUAAACGGAUUACUACAAUAUAAUCUCAAUGAUGAACAAGUUAAGGGUAUCCAAGUGCCUUUUUUGCAGUUUGGUGGCACAAGCGGACAAUUGUUAAUUGAAGAUCUAAUGGAAGGAUUUUACAUUUUUUUCCCGGACCCAGAAAAUUUAGAAACAACGCGUCAUGAAUUUGAUGAAAUUUUUAGUGAGGAUGAUAUAGUUGAUACAACCAAACCCACCCAUUAUAAAUAUAAAUGUAUUUGUAAACCGUGGUGGACUCCGAAAAGUAAAAAGUCAAAAUAG